AUGUUUCUGAUCAUGGAUGAGCAGACACAGGCAUAUGUUUUGUUCAUCAUUUCAUUGGCUAGUCUUAUUAUUUACUGUAUCACAGUUUUUGCUUUGAUGGUCUCCCUGUUUAGUGGGUGGCUGUGUUUAUAUCAGCAAACUGUUCCUCCAGUGGAACACGAAUUACCAGGUGUGUCUGUUAUCAAACCUCUGAUGGGACUGGACCCACUACUGGAAGAAAAUCUGGAAAGUCAUUUCCAGAUUUGCUAUCCACAGAUUGAAUUGUUGUUUUGUGUACAAGAUGAUAAAGACCCAGCUAUUGAUCUUGUGCGGCGUCUCAGGGAAAAGUAUCCAAAGGUUGACUCCCAUCUUUUUAUUGGUGGUAAGAAUGGUAUAAUAAAUCCCCUUGUACAUAAUAUGGCCCCUGCCUAUGAUGCUGCAAAAUAUAAAUAUAUCUGGAUUAGCACGAGUCGCAUUAAAGCCAACUCUGAUAUUUUAUAUGAUAUGGUUGGCAAAAUAAUGAAACCAAAUGUAGGUCUUGUUCAUCAGAUGCCUUUUACAACAGACCAUAUUGGAUUUGCAGCUGCUAUUGAAAAAGUGUAUUUUGGCUGUGUUGUGCCUCGGUACUUUCUUGCACUCAACAUGUUGGGUUUCACUUGUUUUGUGGGCAUGUCUUACCUUGUUAAAAAGGCAGCACUAGAUGAAGUUAAUGGUUUAGCCUGGUAUGGAAGAUAUCUUGCAGAGGACUUCUAUUUAGGAAGAGCUUUACGUAAAUGUGGUUACAAAUUAGUCGUGUCAGCAUUUCCAGCCCAACAAAAUGUUGGGAUGUUAUCAGUUUGCAGUUAUAAAGACAGAAUGGUGAGAUGGGUCCGUCUACGCCUUAGCAUGAUUCCUCUGAUAACCGUUGUGGUAGAACCUCUUACAGAAUGUUUUCCUGUUGGUCUUUAUGGUGCCUGGUGCAUCAAUCAUUUCUUUGGAAUUAAUCCAUAUUACAUAUUUUCAUUCCAUGUGGCAGGAUGGUUACUUUUAGAUUAUUUACUACUAAGAAAUAUCCAGAGGAAAACCCUUGCAUUUUCCAACCUGCGGUUCCUAUUGGCCUGGAUAAGUCGAGAAUUAAUGACAAUAUUGAUUGUAGUUGAAGUUAUCAUGAACCCUCAUGUUGGCGGGGGAGGCCUUUGUCUCCUUCUGUUUUAUGUCUUCUUCCCUUCUUUCUCUAUGUUUCUCACUCUCCUCCAUCUCAUCACCCCCUCCUUUUUUUCCCUAGUUUUCAUUUCUUUCAAAGAAAUUGCAAUCUUGUAUAAUCUCUUCUUUUCCCUGAUAGCAUCCUUCACUUCUUUCUUCCACCAAGCUGUUACUUUUCUGUUUCUUCCUCUUGUCUUUUUAGUACCACAAACUUCUUUCAAUGUGUCCAGAAAGGCUAUCUUGAAGUUGCAAGCUGUUCUAUGGUCACUAUGUGGACUCAGGUGUUUUGUUCACGGUGUUCUUCACUCACCAACUCUGCUGUUAAAGUCUCCCAUGACAUAUAGGUUUGUCUGGGAUGCAGUUGAUGGUGUCCAAGUAUUCUCCAAAGAAGAAGUCUCUCUCUUCUUCAGAUUAAGAGUCAUUACAUGGUGUGUACACUUGAAUGUAGUUGGUGAUAUUAUUUCCCUCUCUGAUGCCAAUCUUCAUGAGUCUCUCUGA